GAAGUUUCAUCAUCAGACGACGCGAUUUGUUUUAGUGCGUGUUGCGAUUUCGUGACAAUAUUGCUAAUAUUUUCAACUCUGAGGCGAACUCGAGAUGUCUGUUGUCAUCGAAACAACCCUCGGAGACAUCACCGUCGACCUCUACACGGAUGAACGUCCCCGCACUUGCCAGAACUUCCUCAAACUCUGCAAACUCAAGUACUACAAUCUCUGCCUUUUUCACAAGAUCGAGCAAAAUUUCAUCGCUCAGUCUGGCGAUCCAACGGGGACAGGUCGAGGCGGCGAGUCCGUAUAUGCUAAGCUUUACGGCGAGCAAGCCAAAUACUUCGAAGCCGAAACAAAGCCGCGGCUGCGGCACACCAAACUCGGGACUCUUUCUAUGGUAAACAACGGCGACAACAUGCACGGUUCGCAGUUCUUUUUGACACUCGGCGAACGCCUCGACUCGCUUGACGGCGUUCACGGCGUCUUUGGUGAAGUCUCGGAAGGCGAAGAGACCCUCGCGCGUCUCAAUGAAACUUUCUGCGAUGCAUCCGGUAGACCUUACCAAGAUAUCCGCAUUACUCACACUGUUGUGCUCGAUGACCCUUACGACGACCCUCCAGGUCUCGACCCUCCGGACGCAUCUCCGAAAGUCACACCGCAAGCGUUACUCAGCGACCGCAUCGGAGCCCACGAAGUCAUCAACGACGCGGGUGGGAAGACCAUGGAAGAAAUCGAAGAAGAGAUUCAAGCCAAGGAAGCCAGGGCAAGAGCCACAAUCCUAGAAAUGAUUGGCGACCUUCCGGACGUGGAUGUGGCGCCCCCUGAUAACGUCCUUUUCGUCUGCAAGUUAAAUCCCGUCACAACGGAUGAAGACCUCGAGAUCAUCUUCAGCCGAUUUGGUGAAAUUAAAAGCUGCGAGGUUAUCCGUGACCGAAAGUCUGGGGACUCUCUCCAAUAUGCUUUUAUUGAGUUUGUGCGACAAGAAGACUGCGAGAAUGCGUUUUUUAAGAUGGACAACGUCUUGAUUGAUGACAGACGGAUACACGUCGACUUUAGCCAGUCUGUGUCGAAGCUGCGGGCUGAAGGAAAGGGCGGCGUGCAGGAGGCAGCCGAGAAGAUGCUCAAGGCCGCAGCGAGACCUCGGAGAGACGAUCGCUACCAGUUGAUCCUAAGCGAUGGUGGUGAUGAUGGUGAUAAUGAAAAGCAGAAAAAGCAGAGUGAAAAGAAACAUAAGAAGCCGAAGGAAGACAGGAAAGAACGACACGCGGAAAGAAAGAGAAGCCGUUCACCUCCCGGGAAACAUCGCGGCCCUAGAUACGAAUACGACGAAAAGCGUCGCAGUUCAAAGUACGAGCACGACGACAGUCGCGGCUCUAGGGGGAGCCACAGGUAUGAUCCAAGGCAUGAAGAAAGGCAGAGGUCAAGGUACAACGAGAGGCAUUACGUUAAAGAAGACAGAAGAGACGACGGGCGCAGGCCGACGAAAUAUGAGAGCAAACACAGGUCAAGGCAUGAUGAUGAUGGUUAUCGUCACACCAAAAAGGACUCCACUCGUCACAGACGGUGAUGAUGCACACACUUUAUGACAUCGGCAAAACAGAUUAUGUAUAGAGUGAACAGAUUCUUUGAGUCCCAGUCACACGGUGUCGUGGAGAUCUCGGAGGGGAGUCGCAGCCAUAUUCGCAACCAUUCCUUGGGAUACCACAAAAUUGGUGGUACCCCUUGGUACCUUUUUUGUUUUUUUUUUAAUGUAUAAGUAGUCACCUUUUGUGGUAUCCCGUGGUUUGAUUAAAAAUAUGGAAGUUGAAGCUCAUGGAAGAACACUUGGUCACCAAUACAUAUCCAUGUGUUUGUACAUACCGGGUUCAUUAAAGCACGCAGAAACCUUAUA